AUGUCGCCACGCGAGAACUCUAGCGGCCUCUCUGUGCGGCGCCGCCCCUCGCUCUCCCUGCGCCCUCGUUCCAAGACUGCUGCGCAUUCAGCUACACUACCGAAAGACAAUGCGCAUGGCCAGUGGCAAGAUACCUCCCUGGCGGAGGUUUCCGACGAGUAUAACGCCUUGACGGUAGAUGAUACGGAGUUGUUUCCAGAGGCUGUGCCUCGACGUCGUGCAGCUAAGAGCUUCUCGAGUCUACGUCAUCCAAUGGACGGCCUAGUGGCUCUGGGCCGCCGCCUCUCCGUCUCAGUCCGCAACAAGUCCUCGAAACAGAGCUUGCGGGUUCCAGAACUGGAAGAUGAUAGUGAGUGCAGUUGCGAGAGUGGCUACUUUCACCAUGCUGUGGCCCACGGCUCGAACCACAAGCGCAAUGCCGGUCCUGGAAGCUGGGCUCCUAGAUCCCGCGCCUGGUCUAAUGGUAUCAGCAUCAACCGUCGUCCCUCGCUCAACAGUGUUUCUGCCCUGCAGAGUUUCUAUGCUCCAACUUCUUCAGCCCCGGUGCCCAUUCCAGGCCAUGGGCUUGCGCCUCCGAUCCUCCCGAACGAUAAGUUUGCGGGAUCGGCUGCGCGAGCCGCUGCCGCCGCGCAGAAUGAAGCGGCCAGGCUGGAAUCGGCCAAGACGGAGCGGGACCUCCAGAAGUCCGACACCAGAGUGAAGAAGGAUUCUGAGAGUGGUAUUGGAAUUGACUUGCGUGACCACUCCGGUCGGUCCUUUGUGACCUGUGUGACCUGUGUGCGCAUUGACCCAGUUUCUUACCUCCCCGCCGAGAUCUCGGCUCUCGUUCUUUCAUAUUUAGACCCUGCGUCUCUCAUGGAUUCCGAAUCCGUGUCCAAGGCCUGGCACCGACAGGCUUCUUCGCCCCAUGUUUGGAAGCAUGUCUUUCGUGGCGCAUAUCCUCGGCGCCCGGCCAGCUCCACUGCAACCAUGAAGAAGUUGUCUGUUGGACUGGGAAAGUCAAUCCCCAACCAGGACUGGAAGAAGAUGUUUCUCGUCCGGCGAUCUCUUGAGCAACGCUGGAGACAAGGCAAGGCCGCGGCCAUCUAUCUUCACGGACACACAGACAGCGUUUACUGUGCGCAGUUUGAUGAAAACAAAAUUAUCACUGGCUCUCGUGACCGCACCAUUCGUGUGUGGGACGCCCACUACCCGUGGUCCUGUCAAAAGAUCAUUGGCUCUUCCACGGGCGAUGUGACUAUCGAUGGACCGGUGAAUAACCCGGCACAGCAGGCCACGGGCAAAUCUCCCUUUGCAACUAUUUGCCCACCAUCGACUCCCUCCGCAGGGAUCGUUGCUCCUAUGGAGCACCCGUCAUUUUAUCACAGUGCUUCAAUUCUGUGCUUGAAGUUUGAUAAAGAAAUCAUGGUCACUGGGUCCUCAGACUUUAGCUGCAUCGUGUGGGGUAUCAAGAACGGCUAUCAACCAAUCCAUCGUCUCAUCGGCCACACUGCCGGCGUGCUUGAUGUCUGUUUCGAUGACCGGUAUAUCGUAUCCUGCUCGAAGGACACUUCCAUCUGCGUGUGGGACCGCAAGACCGGCGCCCUUCUUAAGCAACUAUCCGGCCACGACGGACCUGUGAAUGCUGUGCAACUACGCGGUGACCUCGUGGUGUCAGCAAGUGGCGAUGGUGUGGCCAAGCUUUGGAACGUCAUUACUGGCCACUGCGUCAAGGAGUUCAUCAGUAAGGAUCGUGGUCUUGCGUGUGUUGAAUUUAGUGAUGAUGGUCGAACUAUUUUGACUGGUGGCAAUGAUAAGAUUAUCUAUCAGUUCGACGCCAACACUGGCGAGCUGGUCCAUGAGAUCCGUGCCCAUUCGUCCCUGAUCCGGUCGCUUCACCUUGACAGUAUGAACAAGCGUAUUGUCAGCGGUAGUUACGACAUGAGUGUCAAGGUGUUCGACGCUGACACGGGUGAAUUGUCUAUUGAUCUGCCUGGUUGGACAACCAGCUGGAUGCUGAAUGUCCAGUCGGACUAUCGGCGGAUCUUGGCGACUAGCCAAGACUCACGGGCCGUCAUUAUGGAUUUCGGCUACGGGCUAGAUGGGAUUGAAUUGCUGGAGGAGUGA